UUCCCGGUGAGCGCUGACGAGCUGCUGUCGCGUGAGAGGUCUGUCAGUAAAACAACCAGGGUGAUUAUGGCUGACCUGGCCGAGGUGACACCGGUGAUGGGCAGCCAGCCUCCCGGAGGAGAGGAAGGUGGAGGCGGGCUGACCGCAGCCCAGACGGAGGUGCUGGAGAGAUGCCUUCAUGCUCUGAAGCACGCCAAGAACGACAGUCACACGCUGGCUGCUCUGCUGCUGAUAACUCGCCUCUGUCCAGCCAGCCAACUGGACAAACCCACUCUGCGGCGAAUCUUCGAGGCCGUGGGUCUCAACUUUCCAGCUCGGCUCCUGGUGACGGCGGUCCGAGGCAGCAGGAGCUCAGCUCUACCCCCCGAUGAGCUGCUGUCUCUGGGCACCGCUCUGCUGGCCGCCUUGAGCACGGACCCAGACAUGGCCUCCCACCCCCAGCUCCUCACCACCAUCCCCCUGCUGCUGGGCAUCUUAGCUAAUGGGCCGGUGUUAAACCAGCAGAACCGAGCCAGGCAGAGUCCAGACAGGAAAGUCCAGGCUGAAGACGUCUCGGACCCAGAGUGCGAUUCAGUCAGAGAGACCAGCGAGCAGAGCGGCGACGAAGCCGACAGAGCGUCUCCAGAAGGCUCCUCCAGGCUGGACGAGGCCAUGGCCGCUGACUGCUACCAGGUUCUGACAGCUGUGUGUGCUUUACCCAGAGGUCCAGACCAGCUCCUGAGCAGAGCCGCCGUUCCUGCUUUGUGCCAGGCGGUGGAACAGAACCAGACUCUGAGCCGCCAGAGGGGCCUGGCCCUGCUCGGCUGCCUCCUCUCAGGUAAAACCAAAGCCAGAGCGUGGAGCAGACACGCUGCAGAACUCCUCCCGCUGCUGGUCCAGCUCUCCAAAGACUUCUGCCAGUCCACAGACCAGCCCCGGUUCACGAUGUGUUCCCAGCUGGUCCAGUUUCUGCCCCCUGCUGGGGUGGCAGCCAACAGCGAGGAGCUGAAGGGCGCGGUGAGCCGGGUGUGGGGGGCGCUGAGGCCCAUGAUGCAGGCCAAGUUAACGCCCAAACAGAUCGCACCCAUCCUGGUCCUCAGCGCCUGUCUGCUGGAUUUAUACGGCUGGGAGCUGGUGGGACCCCCGAAGUUCUGCUGCUUGCUGGUGAACCGGGCCUGUGUGGAGGUCAGGAUGGGUCUGGAAGAACCGCCGGGGAACGAUCUGAGCCCGGAGCUGCAGCAGACACUCACUGGUUGUUACCGGAUCAUGGAGGCGGCCAUCGAGCAGGCCUGCAGUCAGCCCUCGGCGGCUCCUCAGAGCUCCGUGCCUGGACUCAGUCUGCAGCAGAGCCGGCAGGUUCUGGGGGUUCUGGAGGAGGCCUUCUCCGCUCUGAUGUACCACCUGCAGCAGGUGGAUCCGAGUCGCUACGGCGACCCCUUCGUCUUCGCCACCUUCCGCUCGCUGUGCUCGUGGCUGGCCGAGGAGACGUCCUGCCUGAAGGAGGAAGUGACCAAGCUGCUGCCAUUCCUGGUCAGCUACAGCCGGAACCACCUGCAGGACGGCAGCUCGGAGCAGAACCUGCCCGAGUGGAUGAACACGAUGUCGGUCAGCGAGGAGAGAGACGGCUGGACGGGCAGCGAGGCUCUGAGGUAUCUCCUUCCAGCUCUGUGCCACCUGUCGGCGGAAGAAGGUCCGAGGAAGGUUCUGCUCACCCUUGACACUCCGGCGCUGCUGGUGGACUUCCUGUCUCGGUGCUGGACCUCCAUGAAGGGGAAAAGCGGGGCGACGAUGAUCAGGGACCCCAGCAUGGAGACCGCCUGCUCAGCCCUUCUUAACUUCACCGUGACGGAGCCGGAGAGAGUCAGAAAGGACUCGUGUUUCCGAUCCCUGGAGGCCCUCCUGAGUGAAGCACUUCCUGUUUUGGUGAAUAAGCCCCGCCUCCUGGUCCUGGCAGCCAAUUACUGCACUUUGGGUCUAAUGAUUGGCAGACUGAAGUCGGCUCCUUCAGGCUCAGUGGAAGCAGGUCAGAGGCGUUUCUUCUCCGCAGCUCUCCGGUUCCUCUGCGGCGCCCUGGACUCCGGCUCCGGCUCCGGUCCAGUUAAGGUCAGCCCCAGCUGGGAGGAGAGCUGGGACGAAGCCGCGGAACUCUGGAGGUUGAGUCUUCAGGCUCUGGGAGGCUGCGCUCGAGCCCAGCCCUCCGUCUGCUCCCUGGUCCGGCAGGAAGGCUGGCUCCGACACACGCUCGGCAUGUUGCAUCAGUGCAGCGUUCUGCCGGACCGACACACCGAGGAGGUUCUGGAGGAGGCGCUGUGUGCCGUCGCCGAGCAGUGUCCUGUCUGCAGGCAGGAGAUCAGAGACAUGAUGGCGAGGAGCGAUGAAGGAGCUCUGAGCAGAAUGAGGAACCUGAAGAAGUCGGCGGGAGUGAAGUGAAACCUCCGAAUUUUAAACUGUUGAUGAAGGCGCACCUCGACUGAGACGAACCCACAGCGCUGUUUGUUACACGUAUAUGUUGGAAUGUAAAUGCCUUUAAUAAAGAAUUAUUUUGGUAGAGAACAGCAA